AUGAAGUUGAUACUGUUGGCAGUCUUGGCUCUGGCCGCUUCCGCCGAUACACCCUCAGAACUUAUGGACACCCCACGGUUUUCUAUCGAAGGCCAGGUCAGUUUAGGACAUGGAAUGGUCCCUCCCGAGAAUUGGAAAGCCAAAAGUAAAGUCCUUCUGGAUUAUGGAAAACAUAUUGGAUUUAUCAGGUAUUGGGAGUUUUGGUUUCUAUUGGCUCUUUUAGGGAUGACGGAUAUUUCGUUGUUGAAGGAGUGCCUUCUGGCUCCUAUAUUCUCGAGGUUACCAACGUCAAUUACAUUUUCGAGCCAAUCAGAGUUGAUGUCAAUUCCAAAGGAAAAGUUCGGGCAAGGAAGUUGAAUGUUCUGCAGGUAAACGAAAAUUUACAGCUGUAUUUACUACGUACACACAAGGAAAUAAGGGGUUCUGAGUUGUAUUAUCAAAUUCCUGAAUUGGAUCCAUCGGAAAAUUACAUAAAACAUAAAAGAAAAAUUUUGGGCUGAGCCGGGGAUCGAUCCCGGGACCUCUCGCACCCUAAGCGAGAAUCAUACCACUAGACCACUCAGCCGUGCGGCGAGUUGGGUGAGAAAGAGAGACUCUUUCUCUUCGAAAAUCCCACUGCGAAAGAAAAGAAUUUUUAGUUUGAAAACAAGUGGAAUUAUAGGAGAUUUGUUCGAAAACAGCCGAAUAAAGACAUCAUUUACAAAACAUAGGUAUUAAGAAUGAAUAGGCUGACCAUUUACCAUCUCGCAUCCUUAUUUUCAGCCCAAUGCCGUUGCCACUUUACCUUAUCCUCUCCGUCUCCAAGCUCGCCAACCCACUAAAUACUUCCGCCAAAGGGAACAAUGGCGAGCCACCGACGUCCUCAUGAAUCCCAUGGUUAUUAUGCUUGGAGUCGCCUUUAUCUUGAUGGUUGUGACCCCAAAACUGGCCGCGAACGAUCCAGAACUCAAGAAAGAAUUGGAACAAACAAUGCAAGUCCCGAAGGUGGACAUGCCCGAUGUGGCUGAUGUGCUGGCCAAUAUGUUUGGAGGAGGUCAGAAGAAAGCCAUCAAAGGGAAACCCUCGAAAAAGCAGCGAUAGGACGAUCUCGAACACUUGCUAUCUGGUCUGUCUAUAACUUAUGCUCACUUUUUUUAAUAAAUCUCUCUUUUUUUUAUUUUGAUGUGAUUUUUGAACAAAGUUUGGUAUGUGGAUAGUGGAAGUAGCAAAAGCCGCAUUUAGCCAAAGUUUGUGCAUAAAAUUGUAAGAUAAAAUUUGGUGUUCCCUGGGCGCAGGUCGCACAGACAAAAUAAAUGUAAAACGAGUUGAUUAGCAUUUGUAACGAUGCAUCGUUAGACACCUUAUGUCAUUCAACCAUAAAUAGGGCGAAACGAAGAGAAUUUUAUUGUUCAUACUGUUUUUUUGACUUACUAAUAGAGCAUUUGAAUCUUCUUCAUGGAGUCUCACUAAAUUUGAUGGUAAUUGUGAAGUAAGUUUUGUAUUUUGUUGUAUGUUGUGUUUAGAUCAACAGUUUUGGAGAGAGGAGGGGAACUCGCUCAGUAUUCGGAUUACCCUUUCAUUGAGAUUAUCCACAGCGAGAGGUCUGGUUCAAUGUUUUAA